AUGAAGUUGAACAGUGGCGGCCCCACUAGGGGUCGUCGUUUGCCACAGAUCUUAGUGGUGUUGGCCGUAUUGGUUGUUGCAAAUGUAGUGUCAGCUGACCCUUAUGUAUAUUCUUCUCCACCACCUCCGACAUAUGAGUACAAGUCACCACCACCUCCUUCUCCUUCUCCGCCACCACCUUAUGUGUACAAAUCUCCUCCUCCUCCGUCACCUUCUCCCCCGCCACCAUAUGUUUAUAAAUCACCUCCUCCUCCUUCUCCGUCUCCACCACCACCAUAUGUAUAUACGUCUCCACCUCCUCCUUCACCAUCACCACCACCACCAUAUGUAUAUAAGUCUCCACCACCUCCAUCGCCCUCUCCACCACCACCAUAUGUAUACAAAUCUCCACCACCCCCGUCACCAUCGCCACCUCCACCAUAUUACUACAAGUCACCUCCUCCACCAUCACCACCACCACCCUACUACUAUAAAUCUCCUCCACCACCUUCACCAUCACCCCCGCCACCAUAUUAUUACAAAUCUCCACCACCACCCUCACCAUCACCACCUCCACCGUACUACUAUAAAUCUCCACCACCUCCUUCACCUUCUCCUCCACCACCUUACUAUUACAAAUCUCCUCCACCACCAUCACCGUCACCUCCACCACCUUACUACUAUAAAUCUCCACCGCCUCCUAAAACUUCACCACCCCCACCUUACUACUACAACUCCCCACCCCCACCCAAGAAGUCACCUCCACCACCAUAUUACUACAGUUCUCCACCACCCCCGAAGAAGUCUCCUCCUCCAUCAUACUACUACAACUCACCUCCACCACCAAAAAAAUCACCUCCUCCAACAUACUACUACACUUCUCCACCACCACCAGCUAAGUCACCUCCUCCACCGUAUCACUACACUUCUCCACCACCACCAACUAAGUCGCCUCCUCCACCAUACUACUACAGCUCUCCACCACCACCAAAGAAAUCACCUCCUCCACCGUAUCACUACACUUCACCACCACCACCUGCUAAAUCGCCUCCUCCACCAUACUACUACAACUCUCCUCCGCCACCCAAGAAAUCUCCUCCUUCACCAUACUACUACACUUCACCACCACCACCAAAGAAAUCAUCUCCUCCACCAUACUACUACACUUCCCCACCACCACCUACUCACUAUUAUCCUCCACAUCAUCACUUUGUAGUCAAGAUUGUUGGAAAAGUUUACUGUUUUAGAUGCUAUGAUAAGGAAUACCCAGAAAUGUCUCACGCUAAGAAGCACCUUAAAGAUGCUGUUGUUGAGGUAACUUGCAAGGCUGGUGACAAGGAAAUUGUGAGUUAUGGUACUACUAAGAACAAUGGCAAAUUUAGCAUCACAGUUGAAGGAUUUGAAUAUCGCAAAUAUGGAGCAAAGGCUUGCAAGGCUAAACUCCACAAUGCUCCAAAGGAUUCAAAGUGUAACAUUCCUACAAACCUUCAUUGGGGAAUUAAGGGAGCUAACCUCAAAGUGAAGUCAAAGAAUAAAUAUGAAGUUGUACUCUAUGCAAAACCAUUUGCUUAUGGUUCUAAGACACCUUAUGCAGAAUGCAAAAAGCCCAAGCCAACACCUGCUCCAUACUAUUAUAAAUCUCCUCCACCUCCAUCACCGACUUAUGUUUAUAAGUCACCACCUCCUCCAUCACCGGCAUACGUUUACAAGUCACCACCUCCUCCAACCCCAAGAUACGUUUACAAGUCUCCACCACCGCCUAUGUAUUAUUACAAAUCACCGCCACCACCAACUAAGUCUCCAUCACCAUCUUAUUACUACAAAUCUCCUCCACCACCAUCACCAAAACCUGCGCCUGUAUACUAUUAUAAAUCGCCACCACCACCGUCACCAUCACCACCACCUCCUUACUAUUACAAAUCUCCUCCCCCACCAUCCCCUUCACCACCCCCACCUUACUACUACAAGUCCCCACCACCACCAUCACCCUCUCCCCCACCUCCUUACUAUUAUAAGUCUCCUCCACCACCAUCACCAUCUCCUCCUCCACCGUACUACUACAAGUCCCCACCCCCACCAACAUCAUCUCCUCCACCACCUUACUACUACAAGUCCCCACCGCCACCAUCACCGUCACCACCACCACCUUACUACUACAAGUCCCCUCCUCCUCCAUCGCCUUCUCCCCCUCCACCAUACUACUACAAGUCCCCUCCACCACCAUCGCCUUCUCCCCCUCCACCAUACUACUACAAGUCUCCUCCACCACCAUCGCCUUCUCCCCCUCCACCAUACUACUACAAGUCUCCUCCACCCCCAUCGCCUUCUUCCCCUCCACCAUACUACUACAAGUCUCCACCACCACCAUCGCCAUCACCUCCACCAGUCUACUAUUACAAAUCUCCUCCUCCACCAUCCCCGUCCCCACCUCCACCCUACUACUACAAGUCGCCUCCUCCACCGUCACCUUCUCCUCCACCUCCCUACUACUACCACUCUCCACCUCCACCAGUAAAAUCUCCUCCUCCUCUUUACUACUACAACUCACCUCCUCCAACCAUGAAAUCACCUCCUUCACCGGUAUACAUUUACGCCUCUCCACCACCUCCGACCCACUACUAAGUUCUAAAAGGAGCUUAGUCAUUCUCCAUAACCAGCUAAAUCCCAGUUUGAGGAGAAGCUUCAAACAUCAUUGGUAUAAACCAGUUAACAUGGAGCAAUUUGUUUCUUCUUGCACAUUGUUAUCAUUGUAUCUUCUUGGUGGAAAUGGCUUCAACAACUUAAUUAAUUAUUCCUCAUAGAGGAAGAAAAUAAUUUGUUAGUGGUCCUUUGAGGUGUAUCUGACUUUUGAUAUUUCAAAGGCUUUAAUUUAUUCAUAUUCCAUUAGUUAUAACAACUUGUUUUGUGUAUCUUCAUGUGCUUUAUGCACCAAAUCAAUAAAAGACGAACUUUGUUCUUUUC